AAUGCAAUUUCUCGUCCCAAAUUCAUCUGUAUCCCCCCACUGAGUCCUCUCUGCAAUGGCGAGCGUGGCUGCGUCUUCUUCAUCCCUUCUCUCCAAACUUUUAAUCCCUGUAAGUACUCUCCGUCAUCGCCCAGCGUUCGCAGAUCUCGGGCUUAGCUUCGCCGGCGGGUCAUGGGCUCCUCCGCUCCGAAGCCUCGCCCCCGCCGUUACUCGGCCCCGGCGUCGGAACGCGGUUAUCACGGCGGCUGCGGUGGAUUCCGACUACUCCCCGAAACGUAGCAGCAGCGGCGAGCAGAGAGAGACGAUAAUGCUUCCUGGUUGCGAUUACAAUCACUGGCUUAUCGUCAUGGAGUUCCCCAAGGACCCGGCUCCGACCAGAGACCAGAUGAUUGAGACUUACCUCAACACUCUGGCCACUGUUCUUGGCAGCAUGGAAGAGGCGAAGAAGAACAUGUAUGCAUUCAGUACCACCACAUACACCGGAUUCCAGUGCACCGUCGAUGAAGAGACAUCAGAGAAGUUCAAAGGAUUGCCUGGAGUUUUGUGGGUUUUGCCUGAUUCCUACAUUGAUGUGAAGAACAAAGAUUAUGGAGGUGACAAAUAUGUCAAUGGAGAGAUAAUCCCGUGCACUUAUCCAACUUAUCAACCAAAGCAGAGAAAUAACUCAAAGUAUCAAAGUAAAAGGUAUGAGAGACGGAGAGACGGCCCACCUCCCGAGCAGAGGAAACCAAGACAAGCCUCGGCUGCUUCGGAUUCCUCCUCUUAGCCGGUAAACGAAAAUGUCAUGAAAUUGUUAGGGUUUUGAUCUCUUUAGUAGUUAAGUCUUAUUCGAUGUUGGUUUGAAUCAUCUAGUGUUAUCACCUUGGACACGAGACAAAGCACAAAAGGAUCCAUACAUUCUAUCUCCAUGGACAAGUAUCAGAUAUGGUUCCUAUGUUUUUGGUAUCCAUUAUUGGGCAACCAUACUAGAUAUUAGUUUUAGUGACCUUCUACUAUCUGUGUUGCUAUGCCCUCGUUCCAUAGAUCCCAAACCUACAAGAUUCAGAACAUUUUUUAUCAUGAA